AUGACAAUCCAGGAAUUACCUCCCAGACAGAAGUCUGUUAGAUUACAGAACCGUAAUAAACAACGAGAUAAUUUAUUAAGAUUCCAACAAUUCAAGAGUAAAUCGAAAAUAAUCAAUAACAUCAAUGAAUUGUUACCAGGAUUAAAUGAUAUAUCUGAUGCCUUCGAAGCAUUACCAGUUGAUAUUAUCAAAUAUUUCACAUUAUUCAGAGAAAUCGAUGCCAAAUGUAUCAACUCUAUACCAACUAUCAACGGUGACAUCAAGGAUUACAUUGAAAAUUUACAUAAAGACAAACAAGAUGAAGAUAAGCAAGUUGAAAAAUUAGAAAAGAUCAAGGAUUUAGUGAGUGAGAUAAUUCCUUGUUUAGAAGAGAAAAUGCAUGUAACUAGUGUAGCUGAAGAUUCGAUUAAAAAGCAUCUUUUCAGAAUCAAUAACGAUUACAAAUUAAUCAUCAAUAAUAACGAAAUACCCGAAAGUAUAAGAAUCGGACCAUUAAACCAUCCAGCUAUGAUAAUCGAUGCCAAUGCUGAAUUCAAUCCCAACAGAUCUGCUCAAAGUUCAAGACUGGAAACAAGAAGAGAAGCUUUGGCAGCUAAGAAACAAGUUAAUGGUAAAGAUGAAGAUUCAGGAAAUAAUUCAGCACCUCCAAAGAAAGAACAAACUCCAGUUGAAAAGAAGAAAAGAGCAAGAAAAGAAAUCAAAGAAGUGCCACAACAUCAACCACAACCUAUUACAGAAGAUUCAAGACCUUCCACUCCCGUUCCUAAGAAGAAAUUGAAAAAGCCAGAGGAUUCAUCGGAACCAACGUAUUGUUAUUGUAAUCAAGUAUCAUUUGGUGAAAUGGUAGGAUGUGAUGGUGAUGAUUGUAAAAGAGAAUGGUUUCAUUUACCAUGUAUUGGAUUCAAAAAUCCUCCAAAGGGUAAAUGGUAUUGUGAUGAUUGCUUAGCUAAAAGAAAAAUUAAAAGGGUUUAA